GGAUCCCGCCAAGAAAAACCUAGUUUCUAAAAUUUGGACAACCUAGCAACAACUUUUUAAUGCUUGUGGACUGUAGAUAACGUAUAUUUUGUUUGGAUGAAAACAAAUACAGAAGAUAAAAAAUGGAGAUUGCAGUUAUUUAUUAUGUGAAAUAUGCAGCAGCCAUUAAUCACGUACAAUCUAAAUUAAAGGAACAUCUCCUCUCAUGAAAGAUUACAUCAUGCAUUUACUCGGCGUUUUGAGAAUGAUCAGGAUACGACGAUCUGCACAUUCUUUUCUUUACGAAGAAAUCUUCUUCUAGUUCAUUUUCAAUUUUUUUUUGGAUCUUCUUGUUUCUGUAGCUCUUGGCUUGCAGGGAAAUAGAAUCUCGUUCGGAAUUCUUCAAGACCGUGAAGUGGGUUGCUUACUGUAGUGGAGAUAAGUUCCUGAAAUCAGGAGAAUUGUUCUCUCCCUGCAUAUAGAUCCCUGUUUUUUUCCUCUUCCCAUGAAAUGAGCAGCUUGGAUGAGAGAGUGGUGGCCGUGAUAUUGGUCGGCGGGCCAACUAAGGAAUUUCUUGCCGGUGGUCGUUAUAUUUGGUUGGUGCUGCUGAGAAAUUUUCAGGGACGCGUUUCAGACCCCUGUCGCUUAACAUACCAAAGCCUCUGUUUCCUCUUGCUGGGCAGCCCAUGCUCUACCAUCCCAUUUCCGCCUGUAAAAAGAUCCCCAACUUAGAACAAAUCUAUCUCAUAGGCUUUUACGAGGAGCGCGAGCUUGCGCUAUUCGUCUCAUCUGUCUCUAAUGAAUUGAAGCUUCCAGUUAGGUACUUGAAGGAAGACAAACCACAUGGAUCGGCAGGUGGACUUUACAACUUCAGGGAUUUGAUCAUGGAAGAUGACCCGUCGCAUAUAGUUUUGUUAAAUUGUGACGUUUGCUGCAGUUUCCCAUUGUCAGACAUGCUUGAGGCUCAUAAAAGAUAUGGUGGUAUGGGGACGAUUCUAGUGAGCCAGGUAUCUAGUGAGUCGGCAAACCAGUUUGGUGAGUUGGUGGCAGACCCACUGACUAAUGAGCUGCUGCACUAUACAGAGAAACCGGAGACUUUUGUCAGUGAUCUAAUAAACUGUGGGGUUUAUAUUUUCACACCUGAAGUUUUUACAGCCAUCCAGAAUGUUGCUAACGUGCGAAGAGACAGAGCUAUCCUGCAACGUCUAUCCAGCUUUGAAGCCCUUCAGUCUGCAACAAAGGCUCUUCCCAUGGAUUUUGUGAGGUUAGAUCAGGAUAUCUUGUCUCCAUUAGCUGGAAAGAAGCAGCUGUAUACAUGUAAGACUAUGGACUUCUGGGAGCAGAUCAAGACACCAGGGAUGUCACUCAGAUGCUCGAGUUUGUACCUCUCUCAGUUUGGGCACACUUGCCCCAAUCUUUUGGCUAGUGGGGAUGGCAUAAGUGGAGCUACCAUAAUUGGUAAUGUUUAUAUUCAUCCUUCUGCAAAAGUUCAUCAUACUGCAAAGAUUGGUCCAAAUGUUUCAAUGUCUGCAAAUGCUCGUGUUGGAGCUGGUGCAAGGCUUAGCAAUUGUAUCAUUCUAGAUGAUGUUGAAAUCAAGGAACAUGCAUUAGUUACUCACGCAAUUGUGGGUUGGAAGUCAUCUAUAGGGAGAUGGUCGCGAGUUGAGGGAGAAGAUGAUUACAUUGCACAACUUGGGAUAACAAUCCUCGGUGAAUCCGUGAUUGUGGAGGAUGAAGUAGUGGUUCGUAACUGUAUCGUGCUGCCCCAUAAGAACCUAAAUAUAAGCGUACAACAGGAAAUUAUUCUAUAAGGAAACAAGUGCAUGUCCAGAGUGUGUGUCCCUUUGCUUUGGCUUGUCUACCUUUCAUUUGAAGUGUUUCACGUGUGUGUUCGAGAAGCUUAUUUGAAACUUGUCAUUCCUUAUUUAUUCAUUGUAUUUUCUUUCAUUUUGACUAAAUAAAACCAUGUUUUUAUAUAUACAA